AUGAUGCAUAAAUAUUGUUUUAAAGCUCUUGAUCAAACUCUUAGAGAUAUUCUUAGAUUUAAAAACGUAUCCAGUGUUGAUAAACCUUUUGGAGGUAAAACAGUUGUUCUUGGUGGCUACUUCAGACAAAUUUUGUCUGUCAUUGCAAAAGGAUCUAGGCAAGAUAUUGUUAAAGCUACUUUUAAUUCUUCAUAUUUGUGGCCCCACUGUGAAGUCUUAAAUCUAACAAAGAAUAUGAGGUUACAAAGAGAUCAGUUAGAUGCACAUUUGGAUGAGUUAAAAAAAAUUUCUGAAUGGAUUUUAGCAAUCGGUGAUGGAAGGAUUGGGAGUUCCAUUGAUGGCAUUGAGAAAGUCCAAAUCCCCGAUGAUCUUCUCAUAAAUAAUUGUGAUGAUCCAAUAUCGAAAAUUAUUGAAAGUACAUAUCCAGAUUUCUUUAACCAUUUCAGUGACAUUGAUUACCUCCAGCAAAGGGCAAUUCUUGCUCCGAUUCUUGAUAUGGUGGAGUCGAUCAAUAAAUAUAUGGUAUCACUCAAUCAUAGUCCUGAGAAGACAUAUUUGAGUUCUGAUACAGUUUGUAUGUCUGAUCAUUCUUUUUCAGAUUUGGAGCACGUACAUACACCCGAAUUUCUAAACAGUAUUAAAUGUUCUGGAAUUCCAAAUCACUUUAUUACUUUGAAGGUUGGUGUUCCUGUGAUGUUGCUGAGAAGUAUAGACCAGUCAUCAAGAUUGUGUAAUGGCACGAGGUUGAUCAUCACAAGACUUGGAAAUCGGGUUAUUGAAGUUAAGGUUUUAAUGGGUAAUAUGGCUGGACAAAAAAUGUUUAUCCCGAGAAUGACGUUGACGCCAUCAGAUGCAAGAAUACCUUUUAAGUUCCAGUGA